CCGCGCGCACAGACUUUACUUUCGAUUUCGAUUUCCAACUGUGGACUUGUUUUGAAAGAAACCGGGUCCAAACGACAAUGUCUCAGACCUGCUGAGAACUCGUCUCCAGACAGCACACAAAAUGGAUUUCCAGAGGUGCCUCUUAAAUGUAGGGAAUGCCCUGUGUGAGGACGAGGUAAAAGCUUUAGCAUUUCUUUGCACUGACCUCCUGGGCCGAAACCCGACCUUAGUGGAGUCGGCCAGUGACCUCUUCCUGCGUCUGGCGGAUCAAGACCACCUCUCUGCUGAGCGACCACACCUACUGACUGAGCUUCUCCUCAUCAUCCAACGCACCCGCCUGAUCCGAGAACUGGAGCUCCCCGACCUAUCAGCUACAACCAGGAGCCUCAUCUCUCCUUACAGGGAGCUGCUUUACAACCUGUCUGAGGAGAUUACUGUUGGUGACUUGAAAUGUGUGAAGUUCUUGUUAAACAAACAGCUUCCGCGUAGAAGACUGGAGGACAACGUUUCUACACUGGAGGUCUUUCUGGAGAUGGAGCACAUGGACCUCAUCUCUGACACUAAUCUAGAUUUACUGGAGACCAUAAUUCAGUCAGUCUGUCCCAUGUUGAAUGAGAAGAUCAACCACUUUAAAGCACUGCAGUCAACUCACACCAGCCCUGGAGCUCAAGAAACAGGUAGACCAAGGGCUAUGUCGUGCCCUUUCAAACCAAACCAGGUCCCUCGAUCUUUAGAUCCUAAGAGGACUGCCUCAUUGACAUUCCCAGAAGAAUUCAAUUCAUUGGCACAGUCUACCAUGAAUACUUCCAACACCUCUAUGGAUUUGCCAAAUGGGUUUAGUGGUGGUGAUGAACAUGAGGCCCUGUCACAUGGACUGAGUGGUUUGAACACUGAAACAAGCAGCUGUGCCUUGCUGGAAGGUCACUUGAGGAUUGAUGUUUUGAAGAUGUUACCAGCUCAAGAAAACAACAAGGCCUCCUCUGAACAGCAGACGUUUCAGACUACAAACACAAACAUCGAGUCGUGUGAUGUUUUGGGAACAUAUCCCAUGACUUCAGCAAAGAGAGGUAUUUGCUUGAUAGUAAACAACUACGACUUCACUAAAUCCAAAAAAACUCUCAGUAAUCGGGAGGGGACCAUGCGUGAUGAAGAGUGUCUGCACAAAGUAUUUGAGUGGCUUGGCUUUGAGGUUGAGAUACAGAGGGACUGUAAGAGGGAGCAGAUGCUGUCUGUGUUGCGGGAGCUCGGCAGCAGACCAAUCCACAGUCAGAUGGACUGUCUGGUAUGCUGCAUUCUCAGCCACGGCAUCGAGGGAGCUGUGUACGGUGUGGAAGGCCACACUGUAAAGAUAAAGGAGCUGAUGGAACCUGUCAAUGGAUUAAAAUGCCCCUCUUUGGCAGAAAAACCCAAGCUGUUUUUCAUCCAGGCCUGCCAGGGCAACAGUGAGCAGAGGGCUGUCUACAUUGAGCCUGAUGGUCGUGCACACAGUCCUGUUUUCAGCGAUGCUAUUCAAGCUAAUGAGUCCAUCCCAUCUGAUGCAGAUUUCCUGCUGGGAAUGGCCACCGUACCUUCUUUCGUCUCUUUCAGAGAGAGAAAAAAUGGCACGUGGUUUAUUCAGUCAUUGUGCCAAAACCUUGUCCAGAUGGUGCCGAGGGGUUCUGACCUUGUGUCUAUCCUGACAAAAGUGAAUGCAGAUGUUAGCCAGAAGACUGAUAUCACCGGUGUAAAAAAGCAGAUGCCUCAACCAGCCUUCUCGCUCAGGAAGAAAGUGGUCUUUCCGAUCUCCCAAGCCUCUCCACCAAGCCUGUCGCCCUGACGACAAUAAUCUGCCGCCUGUUUGAUCGACUUCCUCAUCAGAUGAUGACACAAGUGUUUUUGUUUUACAUUCCCUCUUUAUAGUUUUAAAUCUGCUGGAUACAUUGUUAUAAAGCAUUAUCCAAAUGUGUUUAACAAUAUUUUCAUAACAACACCUAAGCCAGCUCCAUUUGCUAAUGAAGUGCAUGAGAUGUGAUUUAAAGCUCAGAAAAAGUUGAAGUGGCCUUCAGUAGAUUAAGUAGAUUUGUCACAACAUUUUUAUUUUUAUACCUAGUAUGAUGCACACAGUUUACACAUACGUUAAUUUACAGCAUUGCAUUUUCACUUGAUGUUUAAUGUUGAACUUUAAUGAACUGUUUGAGCUAAUCAUGCACAUCGAUCCAGGAGGAAAUGCAACAACCAACACCCUCUUUAGUCUUUUUAUUUUAUUUCCUGGUACAACCACAAGUAUAUUCUCCCAAAUGUAAUUAUUAUUGUUGCCAUUGUCAUUAAAUAUGACUGUAAUGUAUUGCGCUGUCACACAUCAGAAAUCCAUGAAAUCUUUGAAGCAUUUCCCGCCAAACCUAGCAAUUUUCAUUUAAAUGAAACGAUACAUUUUAUCAAACUGCCAAUGUCAAAAUAUUUUAGAAUUUCUAGUCAUUCUGAUUGUUUUUAUAUGUAUUAAAUGGAACCUUUACAAAUAUU